UCUUUCCAUCCCUUCGGAUUGCGCAACAUGAGCGACGUCAUCGCCAAGCGUCGCAUCUUCAGCGAGGCCCGGCGGAAGUUGAAGAGCAUCAAGGCUGCGGUGGAUCGAGUGCAGCUGGUGACCAACGUCCGCAGUGAUGUGGAGAGACAAGAAGAAGUGGAACAAGAAGAAACUGGUGCAAAGGUUGCAAAGGCGAAACAGAACUGGGAAUUGCUGAAACAUGCGACCAAGGCCAUUGUGGCAUGUUCCAAAGAGACCAUUUCUGCACGAAGGGCGGUGACGAUGAUGUUGGACAACGUGCGUGAGCAGAACUUCACCUUGGAGGAGCGAAAGUUCGAGGUGAACAAACUGCAGGUGGUCUGCGAGGCCUUGAACAAGAUGCCGGACCCAGAGGAUGAGAAAGACGAUCCCCCUGCCAGGGCACGGAGUGAACGUCGCAGGAGCAUCAUCACGGAAGUCACUGAGGCAGCUGCGGGACUUGAAGCCAACUCGUUGAUGGAGAGCAUUCCAGACGUGGAAGAGAUGAUGGUGAAGCUGCACAAGCUGCAAGAAGAGUUCACAGAAAUGGAGGUGGAAGGCACAGCAGUGGCGGCUAUGGAGGAGGCCCUGGACGGGGUGCGCACCAUUCUGGACAUCGCCAAGGCAGAGCUAGAUGCAACUCCCACCCAGAAAGCCAAGCUGGAGGCGAAGAGACAAGCGACCUGGAAGAAGGUGAUCCAUGAUGUGGACGUGGCCAAGGUCCCUGAUGCCUGGACCACUGACACCGCCAUGGCUUCGAACGGCACCGCAGCCGGUAACGCCGCGGACGUGGCCACUGCGCUGCUUCACCACGCGCCGGAGGCGAUGGAGGUGGAGAAGGUCGACCUGCCGCGCUCCAAGAGCGGCGAGCUGAUGAAACGCUUUCUGCAGGAAGAGGAGCCCGAGCCUGCAGCCCCCUGGUCUGCGUCCACAUCCUCGACCACACCACCUUGGUCGGCCUCAGAGGCUCGCUCGUCCUGGUCUGCACCGAGCACAGCGCGGUCGCCUCGGUCGCCUCGGUCGCCUCGGUCGCUCGUCGACUGGUCCGAUGCCCUCCCGGCGCUGAUGGACACAUCACUUCCGCCUCCAACCCCCCGCAGCGCUUUCUCCCGCGGCCCGUUGCCGCCGCUCCCCGAGACGCCGCCCGAAGACGGCGCCUCGCGGAGGUCCAUCGCGGCGCUGCACAUGCGAGGGGCUGGGGGAAGAAGCCUGGAGGCAUGGUGGGCUAUGUAUGGCUAUGGCGUCGUCUCCUGGCGCCAGCGCCACGGCUUUCGCGCCAGCGACGAGGCGACGACGGCGUCGCUGGCAACGCCGUCGCGGCUGCCGCGGCUGGCGCUGAGCGAGCUCUGGUCAAAGGCUGAGAAAUUGAUGCAGACCGAGCUGCAGAAACCCUGCAUUUGUGUGGUGUGUCUGUCGGCGCCGUCGGCGCCAAAGCAAUGGAUCGGCGACCAUCAGGAGAAGCCGGCGUCCCAUCAAUCCGCGCGCUAUCGAUGUGCUGUCCAGCGCUGGAAGUCUUGGCGAGAGCUCCACUGUCGAAGCAGUGUUGCGUCGCAGUCGUCGUGA